AUGAUCUGCAGACAAGAAAACAGAAGGAAAACAGGAAGAAGAGGCGAGCAGAGGAAACGAAAGAAGAAGCUGAUGAUGAGCAGCACAUACGUGAAGGAGUACCUGUCUCACCAUCAUCUCCCUCAGCUGCUGGAGAGUUUGUUCACAGGUCUUCUGUAUCAUCAUCCUGAGGACCCCAUCAGCUUCCUGCAGAGCUGCCUGAUCACAACCAGACAGCUGGGGGGUCCUGAGGCUGUCACCUGGGACACCUUCAUCCACCUGGAGAGACACCAGCUGAGCCCUGGACACCCCAAAACAACACCUGUACCCCCCACAACACCAUCACUGCUCCCUAAAGAAACACCUAUACCCUCUACAAUACCUCCUAUAGCACCACCAAUACCCCCCAGAACACCAUCAAUAACCCCUAUAACACCAACAGUACCUCCAAUAAAACCCCAGAUACUCCAAACAACACCCCCUAUACCCUCCAAAACGACACCUAUACCACCUAUAAAACCCCAAACAACACAGCCAAUACCCCAAAUAAUACCCAAAAUACCCCAAGCAUCAACCCUUAUACCCCAAACAACAGCCUCUAUACCCACUCUGACAUCACCUCCUACACAUUGGACAAUACCCCCAACAUCCACAGUAGCCCCACUAACGCAUUCUGGGCCCCACAUUCCCUCCAUUAAGUUAAAAACAUCAAUCUUACCCCCACUGACACCCCAGGUUUCCUACAUCAACAAUAAAACACCAUCUGGACCCCCCCAAACAACUGCUGAACUCAAACUCCUUCCCUCAGUUCUACCUAGACCUGCAGUGAUCCCACCUGUCCACACUGAGAGGAAGGAACAACAAGACACAAAGACAUUCAGGACAGAGGCUCAUCCUCCUGGUCUUCCUCCAUCUCCUGCCCGGUCUCAACUCUCCAUAGACUCGGACUCUGACAUGACAGAAAGUUCUGGACUCCUGCAGGAAGUCAGCAUCCUCCCUCCUCAGAGGUCAAGGCCCCUCAUCAUCUUCAUCAUUGGUGGUCCAGGAAGUGGGAAGGGAAGUCAGGCAGCUAGGCUAGCUCGUUGCUUCAGCCUCAGAGUCGUCUCAUUGGAUGAGCUGCUCAGGAGGCAACUGCUAAGCCACGCCUCCCCCAGCAAGAAGUGGAAGGUUAUUUCACAAAUGAUGGGUCAUGGAGAGCUGGGACCACAGGAGGAGACGAUCUCCGAGCUGAGGCGACAGCUGAUUGGUCAGCAGGAGGUCAGAGGGUUCAUCGUGGACGGAUUCCCUCUAGAUGUCCACCAGGCUCUCAGCUUCCAGGAACAGACUGGCUCUCCUGACCUGGUGAUGCUGCUUCUCUGCUCCAAUGAGACGCUGUGCUGUCGCCUGCAGCGACGAGCCACUAGGCUCGGUCUUCUAGGAGACAAUAGCCACGUCCUGCGGAGACGCCUGGAGACGUUUCAGAGAGACAUCGUCUCCAUCAGCAGAUACUACAGACAGCUACACCUGCUGACACAGGUGGAUGCAGACAGAGAUGAGGAGGUGGUGUUUGCUGAUCUGAGUUCAGUCAUCAGAGAGAAACUGCUUCUAAAGAAUUCGUCAGAUCCUGCUGAUGUCCCAGAAUGCAGCAGUGCAGUCCCCGCUGUCCCCUUUAACAUCAGAUGUGACAAUCAAUGACACAAACGUUAUUAUGACCAAUCAGUGAUCAGUAUGAACCCUGUGCAGUCUAUUAGCAGGAUAAUAAUCCUGCCUGUUGUUGUUUAGCUGUCACCUGGGAAACGUCUUGUGUGUCAGAACGUGUCUUUGUGUUUUCAGUCUAAAUUCACAUAUUUCCAACAACUGAGCGAGCCUUGUGAUAGUCAGCCCCUGUUCCCUCCCGACCCCUGUGUGCAUGUCUCCUGGUCUGGGUCCCUGGUCUCCCGCCUGCUGCGGGUCACCGGCACACCUGAUGCCAAUUAUCCACCAGUCUCCACAGCGUAAACACCAGGCUCUACCUCUCUACCAGCGCCAGAUGGUCUCUGUACACUUGUACGAGAUCCACGAAAAGGCUCCCGCCUCGACCGAGUUAAGUAAUUGUUGUAGUAGUUUCUAGUUUGCUUCUGCCUCAGAGCUACACUACGCCGGCGAUCCCAGCCAUGGUCUCCUCCCGGAUCACUACGAAAACUGUUUUCCUGUUCCUUCUGCCACGCCACUCCGGCCAGCUGCCUCUCGGGCCCGGCCUGCUCCACUCCACGGAUCAGCUGCCCGGUUCAACCACAUCGCUCUACACAAGCCAGGCCAGAACACGCUUCCCCAGUCUCCGUUCCUGGAUCUUCACAGCUUCUUCCAGAACCGAGCCUACCACGUCCUCUGGGGCUACAGAAGAUUACGCCAGAUCGACCGCUCUGAAGACGUGCUAUCCCCAGUCAUUGCUUACAGUUAAAAUAAGACUGACUUUCUCACCUAUACCAUUUGGCUCUCUGAUCGUGCAUUACGACAAACAUGGCUCCUCUCGACUAGGAAAAACUAAAGAGGACAGUCAAAAUGUGAGAAUGAGGCUGUAAUUUUAGAAAACAAGUUGUAAUAUGAAUUUAAAAAGUCAUGAUGUCAUUAGCGUAAAGUAGAAAAAGGUUGUACGUGAUCAUGUUAUAUGUAAUAACCGAACUGGGUAGACUGGAUUAGAUGAUUUAAUUUAUGAUUAUCCUAAACUAUCUUCUUAUUGAAACCUGUACCUUCAGAUCAUCACGUUUCAGGUAAAAGUUAUUAAAAGAGUGUUAAAGUGGCAAUCCAGCAUGAUGAGAUAUUGUAAUUGGUUGGUGAUCCUGAUACUGGUGUAUAGUUAUUAACUUUCAGUUUGUUUGUUAGCAGGAUGUCUAUCAGGUGACUGAGUGACGAGUUUAGAUUGUGAACGCCUGUGAAAACUUGAUUUCAAGCCUGAAGUCUUUCUCUAUAACAUUAAAUUCAUCCUUGAUUAAA